AUGAACGCCAGCAAGAGCCAGAGCAGCUUCGAAGGCAGCCCCUCAGACGCUUCCAAUUCGAAUUCCAACGCCUCCCUCGAUUCGCAACAAUCGAACCAACCGCCGACCGCUGCCUCUUCCUGCCGAGACCACGGCCAGGUGUCCUUUUUGCUGGGCCAAUCGAUCGGUUCGCACGGGGAGCGUUUCCGGUGCGAGGGGCACGCCGAGAACAGCCUCGCGGGCAUGCGGGCCUAUCUCUCCACGGGGAAACUCUGCGAUGUUACUCUCAUAGCGGGGACCUCCGGCAGGCGAAUUAGGGCCCACAGGUUAGUUUUGGCCGCUGCCAGCGAGUAUUUCUCAGCCAUGUUUACGGGAGGCUUGAGUUACGACAAGGAAUCGGAGAUAACCCUCGGAGAGGUGAAAGGGGACGUAUUGGAGGCGAUCGUACACUAUUGUUAUACAGGGUGUGUGGAUAUUAGGGAGGAUAACGCGGAGACUUUACUUUCUACGGCUUCUUUGAUGCUGUUACACGAGAUAGUCGAGGCUUGUUCGAGGUUUUUGGUCCACCAAUUGCAUCCGAGCAACAGUCUCGGCAUAGCCCUAUUCGCCGAACACCAAUCCUGCAACAGUCUCUUACAAGAAGCCAAUUCCUACAUAAAUCAACACUUUACCACGAUAAUCAAAAAUCAGGAAUUCCAACAACUCACCGUCGAGCAGCUAUCGAAUCUCUUGAAAAACGAAGACUUGAACGUCUCCCACGAGGAUCAAAUCUUCCGGGCGCUCUUGACGUGGAUCGAAUUCGAUCCGGAUAAUCGAACACAACAUACAGGGCGUUUAUUGGAAUCCGUCAAAUUACCCCUUUUAUCUAUGGGAUUCCUCACCGAUCACGUGAUGCCCAUUUGUCAAGAUAUGUCCUGCAUGAAACUGUUCGGAGAAGCCGUAUCGUGGCACACUUGGCCCGACAGGCGCCAAUCCAAAGCUAACUGGAGAACCCGUCCGAGAAAGGCCACUCUAGGCAGAUUGCUUGUCGUAGGCGGCAUGGAUAAGAACAAAGGGGCGACGACGAUCGAAUCGUACGAUCCGAGAUGCGACGCGUGGACGGAGCCUUAUCAGAUGAACAGCAGAACGCUGCAGUUCGGGAUGGCUUUGAUGGGAACCAAGAAGUUGCUAAUCGUAGGGGGCCGCGACGGCCUGAAGACGCUCAACACCGUCGAAUGUCUCGACACCGAGACGGGCCAUUGGACGCAAACGACGCCGAUGAACACGCAUCGACACGGCCUGGGGGCCUCGGUGCUCGGCGGGGCGCUCUACGCCGUCGGCGGCCACGACGGCUGGAGUUACCUGAACAGCGUGGAGCGCUGGGACCCGGCGGGCAGGACGUGGCAAUACGUGGCCCCCAUGAGCAGCCAGAGGUGCUCCGCCGGCGUGACGGCUUUGGGGGAUCGGUUGUACGCCGUCGGAGGGAGAGAUGGCACGUCUUGCCUGCGUACAGUGGAAAGAUACGACCCGUUCACCAACAAAUGGACGACGGUGGCGCCGAUGCUGAGACGACGCGGGGGCGUCGGCGUCGCGGCGGUCGGGGGCUAUUUGUACGCGGUUGGGGGACAAGACGCCCCGGCCAAUAGCCCGACGGCGUCGAGGUUCGAUUGCGUCGAACGAUACGAUCCCGUGAGCGAUACGUGGAGUUUGAUCAGUCCGUUGCCGAGCAAACGCGACGCGGUCGCCGCCUGUCGUUUCGGAGACAAACUAUUCGCCAUAGGGGGUUACGAUGGGUCGCGGUAUCUUUCCAACGUGGAGGUCUUCGAUCCGGAUACUCAAGAAUGGAGCAGUUUGGCACCGUUGAAAACGGGACGGGCGGGCGCGUGCGUGAUCGCCAUUGGUAACGCGCAUGCUCCGUCGAAUAACGCAUAG